AGAUGGCGGCGCAUUUAUCUUAUGGCAGAGUAAAUCUGAAUAUUUUGAGAGAGGCCGCUCGAAAGGAGCUCCGAGAAUUCUUGGAUAAAUGCGCUGGAAGCAAGGCGAUUGUGUGGGACGAGUACCUGACAGGACCCUUUGGCUUAAUUGCUCAGUAUUCCCUGUUGAAGGAACAUGAAGUGGAGAAGAUGUUCACACUUAAAGGAGGGCGCCUCCCUGCAGCUGAUGUCAAAAACAUAAUCUUCUUUGUCAGGCCGAAGCUGGAGUUAAUGGACAUAAUUGCUGAGAAUGUCAUUAGUGAGGACAAGAUGCGCUCUCCACGGGACUUCCACAUCCUGUUUGUGCCACGCCACAGCCUGCUGUGUGAACAGCGAUUGAAGGAGCAGGGUGUGCUGGGCUCCUUCAUCAACAUUGAUGAGUACAUCCUUGACCUGAUCCCAUAUGAUGGGGACCUACUGUCGAUGGAGUCCGAGGGUGCCUUUAGGGAAUGUUACCUGGAGAAUGACCAGACCAGCCUGUACCACACAGCCAAGGGUCUGAUGACCCUUCAGGCCCUGUAUGGGACCAUCCCACAGAUAUUUGGGAAAGGGGAGUGUGCACGGCACGUGGCCAACAUGAUGCUGAGGAUGAAGAGGGAGUUUGCGGGCAGCCAGACACAGAUCCUCCCAGUCUUCGACACGCUACUGCUGCUGGACCGCAAUGUGGACCUGCUCACACCCUUGGCCACUCAGCUCACCUAUGAGGGCCUCAUUGAUGAGAUCUACGGAAUCACUAAUGGCUAUGUGAAGUUGCCCCCAGAGAAGUUUGCUCAGAAGAAGCAAGGUGAGGGAGGGAAGGACCUGCCGACCGAGCCCAAGAAGCUGCAGCUGAACUCGGCUGAGGAGCUCUAUGCUGAGAUACGGGACAAAAACUUUAAUGCUGUUGGGGCAGCACUUAGCAAGAAGGCUAAGAUCAUUUCUGCUGCAUUUGAGGAGCGCCACAAUGCCAAGACGGUGGGCGAGAUCAAGCAGUUUGUUUCCCAGCUGCCCCACAUGCAGGCAGCACGGAGCUCACUGGCCAAUCACACUUCAAUUGCUGAGCUCAUCAAGGACAUCACCACCUCAGAGGCCUUUUUUGAUAACCUGACAGUGGAGCAGGAGUUCAUGACUGGAGUGGACACGGACAAAAUUAACACUUACAUCGAGGACUGCAUUGCUCAGAAAGACCCCCUGAUCAAAAUCCUGCGGCUGGUGUGCAUGCAGUCUGUGUGUAACAACGGUCUCAAGCAGAAGGUCUUGGACCACUACAAGAGGGAGAUCCUGCAGACUUAUGGCUAUGAGCACAUACUGACCCUGAAUAACCUGGAGAAGACAGGCCUCCUGAAACCACAGACUAGCACAAGGAACAACUACCCCACCAUCAGGAAGACGCUUAAGUUAUGGAUGGAAGAUGCCAAUGAGCAGAACCCCAAUGACAUCUCCUACGUGUACAGCGGCUAUGCCCCCCUGAGUGUGCGGCUGACCCAGCUGCUGGCCCGGCCCGGCUGGCGCAGCAUAGAGGAGGUCCUGAAGAUGCUGCCCGGCCCACACUUUGAGGAGCGGCAGCAGCUCCCUGCCGGCCUUCACAAGAAACGCCAGCAGGGGGAAAACAGGACUACGCUGGUAUUCUUCCUGGGGGGCGUGACCUAUGCUGAGAUUGCCGCACUCCGCUUCCUGUCCCAGAUGGAGGAUGGAGGCACUGAGUACAUCAUAGCCACCACCAAGCUCAUCAACGGCACAAGCUGGAUCAAAUCCCUAAUGGAUCGCCUGGAGGCCCUGCCCUUCUGAGACUUGUCGCGCUAAUGCUUUAGCACCUCCCGUACUGAGUGACAUGGGGGAACUUGUGUGACACUGGGCAUCAAUGCAGUCCGAGGCCCUGCUGCCUGAUUCACCUGUGGGCAGCUCGCUGUUUCCAGUCCAGUGUAAUCUCCCCAAAACUCAUUCCUAACCACUA